UUUUUCUCAUUUUUACUAAGUCUACGAUUUUAUCGAAAUUACAAAAUUACAUUAACAAUGCGAUUUCAUUUGACAAAAGGACAAUUUAUUGUUACUUGUAUAUUAGGCGGUAUUACUGGAUAUUUAAUUUGGAAUGAACCAUUAAAACAAUACGCGCAACAAAAUUUUAAUUAUAACUCAAAUAAAGUAAGUUUCUUUCAUUAUAAGACGUGACUAGGUUAUAAUAUAGAUAAUAUAAGUAAUAAUACCACAAAAAUACAAGGAAGCAAACAAUGGCCAAGACUAGUCCAUUCUUCAAACCUGCUCCGAAGAUAAUAAUAGAUCAUGGAGAGCAACACAGAUAAUUUUAUAGCAAGGACAUACCAAGUUGAUCUAUUAGAAGUAGCACUUCGGCAAAAUACUAUUGUUUAUUUACCAACAGGAGCUGGAAAAACAUUUAUUGCUGUUAAGCUUAUAGAAGAACUAAGUGCAGAUAUUCGAAGACCUUAUAAUGAAGGAAAGAAACAUACCAUAUUUGUAGUUAAUACAGUACCUUUAGUAGUUCAACAAAGUGAAUAUAUUGGAAGAUUAACUGGUUUACUUUGUUCACCACUCAGUGGUGAUUGUAAUGUUGAUUUUUGGAAAGACCAAGAAUGGAAUCAGCAAUUAGAAAAAUAUCAGGUUUUAGUAAUGACGGCUCAAAUUUUAGUAGAUGCACUUUCUCAUGGAUAUAUAUAUUUAAGAAAUAUAAAUUUAAUUAUUUUUGAUGAAUGUCAUAGAGCUGUGAAUGACCAUCCUAUGAGACAAAUUAUGCAAUUUUUUGAAAGGUGCUCUAAUAAUGAGCAACCAAAAGUUUUAGCUUUAUCUGCAUCUCUGUUAAAUUCUAAUGUAAAAUUAAGCAAAGUGGAUUCAAUGAUUAAGUCUUUAGAGAUAACUUUUCAAGCGAAGGUGGCAACAGUAAAUUCAUUUGAACAACUUCAAAAUUAUUAUCCAGUUCCACAGCAAGUUAUUGUUGAAUAUGAUUUGAAUGUCAUAUCUGAUGUUGAAAAUCGUGUUAGAGCCAUUAUUAGUGAAACGUGUGACAUUUUGAAUAAAUUACUGUUGAAUACAAUGAUGAAGAACAUUGAAUCAGAUGAAGUAUUUAGACCUAAAUCAGUCACCAAAAAAUUAAUGUCCAUAAUGGUAGAUAUUCAAAACCAAUUUUCAAAUGCAGGUAUAUAUGGUGCAAGUAAAUCUGCUUUAUUACAUUUGAUUCAGUUGGAAUGUUUAAAAAAAAAUGCGGAUGAAUUGAAUACCAUACACGUUUUAGAAUACCUUAUAACAGAAGUAACUAAAUGUAGGAAAGUGUUAGAAGAUGAAAUGAAAGGCAAUACAGAAUUGGAGAAAAUUUAUAAAUAUUCAUCAGAUCAAACACGAAAACUUUUCAGUCUUUUAAAAGAAUUUUAUAAUAAAAGAAGUGAGGGCCAACAGUUUUGUUGCAUUAUUUUUGUACAACAACGAUUUACGGUAAAUGUAUUGUAUCAGGUGUUAAAGAAUUUGGCAGAGCAUGAUGAAGAAUAUAAAUUUUUAAAACCUGAGUUUAUGGUUGGAUUUUCAAACAAUCCUUACAAAAAUUGUAUAGAAUCCUUAUGCAUAGCAAAAUGCAAUAAGGCUGCUUUAUUACGGUUUAAAAAUGGUUUGUCAAAUUGUAUUAUUGCAACAGACGUUAUAGAUGAAGGUAUAGAUAUUCCAACAUGUACAUUAGUUAUAAGAUUCAAUUUACCAAUGGAUGUGAGGGCCUAUAUUCAAAGUAAAGGAAGAGCACGAUUUGCUUCCAGCCAUUAUGUAUUGUUAGUACCAAAAGGUGACAUUGAUUAUUUAAAACGAUAUGAGCAAUUUCAAAUGGUAGAAAAAUACUUACAACAGCUUUUAGUAAGUGAAAAUAAUGUUCGUACCAAACCAACAGAAAAUGAAAUUAAAAAUGUUCUAUAUAAAUAUAAUAUAGAACCAUACGCUGUUACUGAUGAAAAUGGAAUAACAUAUACUGUAACAGAACAGUCAGCAAUUGCUCUAAUAAAUAGAUACUGUGUUUCUUUAUUAAAGUCUAAAUUUGUUUAUUUAGUACCAUGUUGGAUAUUAUAUACUAAAGAUGAUAUGUAUAAGGUUUCUGUUAAAUUACCUAGUAUAUCUGUAUUAAAGACUGUUAUUUUUGGUGAUUUUAUGCCUUCCAUUAAUACUGCAAAAAGAUCUGCAGCAAUGAAAAUGUGUAUAGAAUUACAUAAAGUUGGUGGAUUAUCCGAUAAAUUAUUACCAAAUGUAAUGAACGUCUUAAACCAAGAUGUUAAUUUUUUAUUUCCAAAUUGGAUAAAUGAAGGAAAAUCAAAAGAUAAUGCAAUAAUUGGAACGUAUAAAAAGAAACGACAUUAUCCGUUACAAUUUCCAUCGGCUCUCUAUAGUGCAUUUCCUCUUCCUGAAAAGCAAUUGUACUUGCAUCUUUUUGAUGUUAAGCCUAAGUAUCCUGUACCACACGAUGACAAUCGACAUUUAGUAUUUUACAAUUUACUGCAUAAUUCUGCCGGUUUUGGAAUACUUUCUGCAAAGCCAAUGCCAAAGAUACCAUCAUUUCCAAUUUUCAUGUCUGCUAAUGAAUUGAACGUCAGUGUUAAAGUAAAUAAUACAACAUUGGUUUUAUCAGAAGAAGAAAUUGAGUAUAUAAAAAUCUUCCACACUUUAAUAUUUAGUCAAAUUGUACAAGUUAUAAAGUCUUUCAUGUUAUUUGAUAAUUCUAACCGUGAUAAUUGUUUCUUGGUGGUACCGGUCGAUGAAAACGAGAAAAUUAAUUGGGAAGUUAUAAAAGAACAUAAUUCUGUAGAACGAAUCCCACCAUCAAUUCCUUUUCGUUUUAAGAACAGUGAUUAUGAAUUAGCAUUAGUUAUACCUACAUAUAGACCAUCUCCAGAUGUAUAUAUAGUUACACAAAUUUGUGAGGAUCUUACUCCAAACUCAUGUUUUCCAACUGAUAAUUUCUUUUCGUAUGCCCAUUAUUAUAAAGAGAAACAUGGUUUAAUAAUAAAUGAUUUGAAACAACCAAUGUUAGAAGUGAAAGCAAUAUCCAGAAAAAUUAAUUAUAUAAAACCUAGACGCAUGCAGAAUAAUUCAAAAAAACGUAAAAUAGCAGAUGUAUAUAAAGAUUUUAAAGAGCAUCUGGUUCCUGAAUUAUGCAUUAGAAUUACCUUCCCAGCUUUAUAUUGGCUCAAAACAACAUUGUUACCAUCUAUUUUGCAUAGAGUUUCACAGCUCUUAAUUGCAGAAGAUUUACGAUCUACCAUUGCUCUAGAAACUAAUUUGGGAUUAUCGUCACAGGCUAAUGAAUGGCCUCCAUUAGUAAUAAUUGAUGAGGAAAAAGAAGAACUAUUUGAUCAGUCAUUAGAUAUUUCUGUCAGUGAAAAUCUUGAUAUUUCACAAGCAGAAUCAGUUUUAAGUGGCCCAGAAAUAGAUGUAUUGAACAUAGAGACAAAUCAGUAUCCAUGGUCAAAAGAUCAAGAACCACCAGAUUUAUAUAGAAACAUUGAAGAAGUUCAAUUAAUCCAAAUUGAACAUUACUGUCAAUUUAUACAAGGAACAUAUGACCUAAAUAAUGAUAUAACGAAAAAUAGUAAAACUAUAUUUGUGAAUAGACCAUCAGUAUCAGCACCUGAUUUAAACAUCUUAUCAUUAAAAGAUACAAAAGGACCUGACCCCGUUCAAGUGAUGUAUGCAUUAACAAGUAAAAUGGGAUUAGAUGCAUUUGAUUUGGAACGUUUAGAAACUUUGGGAGAUUCUUAUUUAAAAUUUAUUGUAUCCUUAUAUUUGUAUACAAUAUUUCCAAAUUAUAAUGAAGGCUCAUUAACAGUUUUAAAAGGGAAAAUGAUUGGAAAUCGUAAUCUUUAUUAUUGCGGUAUUAAGAAAAAUAUUCCAGGACGUAUGAAAGUUGAUGAUUUCAUAGCAUCAAGCAACUUCAUUGCUCCAGCUUACACCGUAUUUAGACAGCUUCAAAAGCAGUUAUUAGAAAAAAAGGUAUCACCAAAUGUUUUAUAUGAAAUUCAAAUACCUAAACACGAACAAUUUAAUGGGUCUAUAAGUGAAGAAACUGGAAUUAAAAUACAAGAAAAAGUAUUAAAUUGGGAAACAGCAGAAUCACAAACCGGUAUGGAACAUUAUCUUGGAAUUCAAACUGUUCCAGAUAAAACAGUAGCAGAUUGCGUGGAAGCAUUAAUAGGUGUAUACCUUGAAAAUUUGGGAAUUAAGAAUGCUAUUACCUUACUGAAAUGGUUUCAAAUUUUACCAAAUGAAACUGAUGCUCAUAGAUUAUUACAUGAUAUUUCGGAGAAUAUUGUUGUGGAUGAAAAUAUAAACCGUUUCAUGCCUUGGGCUUCUGACAUAGAAACAAAACUUGGAUAUAGAUUUGAAAAUCGAGCGCUUUUACUACAGGCUUUUACACAUCCUUCAUAUACAGCAAAUAAUGUAACUGAAUGCUAUCAAAGACUAGAAUUUCUUGGUGAUGCUAUACUUGAUUUCUUAAUUACAUGUUACAUCUAUGAAAAUUGUGGGAACCUAACUCCUGGUGCUUUAACAGAUUUAAGAUCCGCUCUUGUAAAUAAUAUUACGUUUGCAUGUUUAAGUGUACGAUACGGUUUACACACUGCGUUAUUAGCUUAUGCGCCGAAUUUAAAUGACGUAAUACAUCGUUUCGUAAAAUUUCAAGAAGAAAGAGAUCAUAUCGUAAAUGAUGAGCUUUUGUGGAUCUUAUUGGAAGAGGAUGAAUGUAACAUGGCUGAACAUGUAGAUGUUCCUAAGGUAUUAGGAGAUUUAUAUGAAUCUGUAAUAGGUGCAAUAUAUUUGGACAGCGGCAAAAAUCUUAGAAAAACUUGGGAAAUAAUAUAUUCGUUCAUGCAUAAAGAAAUUGAUGAAUUUAGUAAGAACAUUCCAAAACAACCAGUUCGUGUAUUGUAUGAAACUCAAGGAGCUCAACCACAAUUUUUACCUGCGGCUCAGAUUGAAAGCACGAAUAGCGUUAUGGUACCUUUAAGAGUAACUAUCGCGGGAAAAGUAAAACUUUUUCACGGAUUUGGUGUUAAUAAAAAGCAAGCUAAGUGUGCUGCUGCAAAACAAGCUUUAAAAAGUUUGUUGUGCACAUAAAACAUGGAAAUA